AUGAGACUGACCACUGUGUUUUCUGUGAUUUGUAUCGCUCUCGGCAGCGUUUGGUCUAAACCGGCGGGUUAUCCGAGUGCCCGACCUCCUCCGGCCACCUAUCUGCCUGCCAAGCCACCAGCUCCACCACCACGUCCUCCUCCACCACCGCCCAGCAGCUACGGUCCCCCCAAGAACGGCAAUGGGAAGCCACCACCUCCGCCGCCGAAACCCAAUAACAGCUAUGGACCACCACCCAAAAAUGGCAAUGGAAAACCCCCACCCAGGAAUGAGUACUUGCCUCCAGGAAAUGGAAACGGAGGUUCCUCGGGAGGCGGAGGAGGAGGAGGAGGUGGAGAGGAUAUACCCAUCAUCAAGUUGGAGUCCAAGGUCAACACAGAUGGUUCUUAUAAGUACGAAUACGAGACCGGAAAUGGAAUAAAGGCCGAGGAAAUGGGCUACCUGAAGAACGCCGGAGUGAAAGGGGCGGAGGCGCAGACGGCGGAGGGUUCCUUCUCUUACACCAGUCCCGAGGGUCAGGAGAUAUCGCUGACCUACAUUGCGGAUGAGAACGGAUUCCAGCCGCAGGGGGAUCACCUGCCCACACCGCCACCCAUUCCCAUCGAGAUUCAGGAGGCGUUGGACAAAUUGGCCGCCGGCGGAGGAUGCCAUGGUUGCGAUGACAACGAGACGGGUGGCAAUGAUGAUGACGGUGGAGGUGGCUAUGUCUACCGAAGGAAGUAGAGGAUUUACUGCGAACCGGAAAAUAUGAAUUGCAAAUAAUAGCU